GAUGAUGAGGUCCAGAAGACUGAGUCUGAAAGACCUAGAAGAAAGGAACUCAAAGGACGUUUUUCCAAAGCGAUGGCGCAAUUUCGAAGAAAAUGGAGCAGACGUGGAAUUGUAGAAAUUACAAAAAAUCAUCCUCGUUAUUUAUUUACAAAUUGUAUUAGAAUGGGAUUGAAGAAAAGUUAUGAAAGUGUGACAUCAGGUCAGGGCAUUACUCAGGUUGACUUAACAGAUGAAGACUUUGAGUAUUUUGAUAAGUUCGAUCAAGUUGAUGAAAAUAAGAAGAAAGUUGAGUUCCAUAAUUAUGCACCAAAAGUAUUUCAUAAGUUACGAAAUAUUUUAAAUUUAAAUGAAGAUGACUACAAAGACUCUUUAGUGACCACAAAAAAUGUUCCCUAUUUAGAAUUUCUCAGCAACUCAAAAAGUGGAAUGAGUUUCUUUCUUUGGUGA